UGUUUUUUCCUGGCAUAAAGGUGAAUGUAGAAAAGCAGAAAAUGCUGAACACUACCUACUAAAUUAUCUAAAUCAACCAGAGAAGAAAUGGAAAGACAGCUGGAGAUUCAAAACAUCAAAAUAGAUCUUCAAACCCUAAAGCACCAAAUGAAGUUAUACAGAAUGCUGUUGUGUAUUGUAUUGUUGAUCCAAACAGGAAAAUGCCAGUUACUGCAUCCCGACUAUUACAGCUUUCAUCCUCAAGCUACCUGUCCUGUUAAUACUGAUAGUUUCACAAAAAAUAUAGUUAUAUUGUCUCUGUGUGUAACAGCAGGAUAUGUAAUGAAUACUGCUAUAGCUACCUCUAUAUGGAAGAAAUGUUUAGACAUACCAACACUUGGUGCUUGUAACAGUGAACCAGACUGUGCUAGUGAUGGAACCAGGUGCGUUCCAAAAGACUCUCUGUAAUAUUUAUGUUCUUCCUCUAGGAAAUUAUGUCAAAUCACUUGUAUUAUAUACCUUAAUUACUUUAAGAGUUUCUUGAUUGUGAAGCAUGUAAGCCUAACAUAUUUAAUAGGGCAACAUAAAUUGAUAGAA